AUGUCAUCUACAGAGAAAUCGCGCUCUCAAUCGCGCAUCCUAUUCGUCAAGAAUAUCAACUAUACCACUACUGGUGCAGACUUGUACGAGCUCUUUGGCAAGUAUGGCGCCAUCCGACAGAUUCGGAUAGGGGACGGAGCCAAGACCAAGGGUACUGCAUUUGUAGCAUUCGAGGAGAUGGUGGAUGCAAAGAAUGCGCUGGAUCAUCUGAACGGAUACCAUCUGCAGGAGAGGUACAUCGUUGUGCUGUAUCAUGUCCCAUCGAGACAGGCUGCAAAAGCGGAUCUGGCAAAGAGAGAAGCCGAUCUGGAGGCGCUGAAGCAGAGACACAACAUCGGCGAUGCUGACUGA